AUGUCAAAUUAAUAAUUAAAUAUAAAUUUAAAAAAAGCCCUUUUAGCUUUUUAAAUCACAAGACUUCCUCCAGAUAGAACAAGUAUGGUUUUCAAUAUUCAUCCUUCUAGUGAGUAAUACCAAAAAUAGAGUGUAUAAAAAGUCUUAGACUGCAAACAGCUCUAAGUGUCUCUUCGUUCCUAAGAACUAGGAACGAGAAUAAUUCUACGUCACACCACCUUAGAAACGCAAGGUCCUCUAGAUUUAUUUUAUUUUAGAAUCCGCUUUCCAAUAUUGAAGAAUUGAAUAUCGAUUCUAACUGUUCUACAGACAGCAGUCAACGCUUAGAGAAUCUAAGUCCAGUCUACUAUUGCCCAAAAGGCAAAGAACCUUGUGGUGAACUUUAGGUUGUCCUUGAUGGGGAUGUGAUCCAAGUGAUAUCCUAAACAAGGAGCAGGAGAAAAUCACGAAAGUUCAGUGAUCAAGAGACCUAUGCUAUGAGCAACUUCAUAGCUGGUCCUAAAUGUUUAGACAUCCCAUGCCCUUAGUUCCUUUGAUCAUAAAUAUAUCUAUAAAUCAAAACACGUCAACCAU